GGGUGCAUUUGAUAUUUACCAAAGUAUUCCAACGAACUCCAUGACAUUAUCAAUGCCUGGGCGAUGUUUAACACUGCGGAGAGCUCAAAGCCUCCAACCAACUUCCCCCCCUCGUCUUCUCCGCCCACUAUCUCUCUUUUUCUCUCUUAAAACGCAUUCUCUCUGUCUUUAUAGUUGAACAAUCUCACCUCCACCAAUCUCUCUCUCUCUCUCUCUCUCUCUCUCUCUCUCUCUCCGCAAUGGCUCCUCUGCUUCAAUCUAGGGCGCCAGCAAUGUCAUUCUCCUCGUCCGUCACCUCCUCCGGCCUCCAAUCCCGUCCCUUCACCGCAUUCCCCAUCCGCCCCCGCCGCAGGAUCCUGACCGUCCGAGCCAAGAUCAGGGAGAUCUUCAUGCCGGCCCUCAGCUCCACCAUGACUGAGGGCAAGAUCGUCUCCUGGAUCAAAUCCGAGGGCGACGUCCUCUCCAAGGGCGAGUCCGUCGUCGUCGUCGAGUCCGACAAGGCCGACAUGGACGUCGAGACCUUCUACGACGGCAUCCUAGCCGCCAUCGUCGUCGCCGAGGGCGAGGUCGCCCCCGUCGGCGCCCCCAUCGGCUUAUUAGCCGAGACCGAAGCCGACGUCCCCGAGGCCAAGGCCAAAGCCGCCGCCGCCGCCAGCUCAUCAUCGUCUAAUCUAUCCGCUCCUCCGCCGGCGGUGGCCUCCGCUCCGUCCCCGCCGCCCGUGGCGGUUGCUGCUGCUGCUGCUCCUGCUCCACCGGCGACAGGGCCGAGGAGGAUUGUGGUGACGCCAUACGCGAAGAAGCUGGCGAAGCAGCAUAAAGUGGAUGUUAAUUCGGUGGUUGGGACCGGGCCGUUUGGGAGGAUAACCGCGGCGGAUGUCGAAGCUGCUGCUGGGAUUGCGCCGUCGAAGAGUGCUCCUGCUGCUGUUGCGGCGGCUGCUGCUACUGCUGCUCCUGUGGUGGCAGCGGCGGCGGCUCCUAAAGCUGCCGGUGCAACUACGUAUCCUGAGAUUCCGGGGUCUACUGUUGUGGCCUUCACUGGGAUGCAAGCCGCUGUCUCAAAGAACAUGGUGGAGAGUCUGUCUGUACCAACUUUCCGAGUAGGGUAUCCUGUGACUACAGAUGCACUAGACGCUCUGUACGAGAAGGUUAAGGCAAAGGGAGUGACUAUGACUGCUUUGUUAGCGAAGGCUGCGGCAAUGGCACUUGCUCAGCACCCAGUUGUCAACUCUACCUGCAAGGAUGGGAAGAGUUUUACCUACAAUAGCAGUAUAAACAUUGCUGUUGCUGUAGCAAUUAACGGCGGUUUAAUAACCCCUGUUCUUCAGGAUGCCGAUAAGUUGGACCUUUACCUGUUAUCACAAAAAUGGAAGGAGUUAGUAGAAAAAGCUAGGGCCAAGCAACUUCAGCCCCAUGAGUACAACUCAGGGACUUUCACUCUUUCCAAUUUGGGCAUGUUUGGAGUGGACAGAUUUGAUGCUAUUCUUCCUCCGGGCCAGGGGGCUAUUAUGGCUGUUGGAGCAUCAAAGCCCACUGUUGUUGCUGAUGCAGAUGGAUUCUUCAGCGUUAAAAGUAAAAUGCUGGUGAAUGUUACAGCUGAUCAUCGAGUCAUCUAUGGCGCUGACUUGGCUGCCUUCCUCAAGACCUUCUCAAAGAUAGUUGAGAACCCAGAGAGCUUGACAAUGUAGACCAGGACUGGAUUCCUUGUGAAAUUAAGCAUUAGAGUAUCUCAGUUGAACAGAGUGCGGCUAAAGCAACUCAUUUGCGUCGGUAGCUCUAAUAUCUUCUACCAGUGUUUGCUAGUGUUGUGCUUUAUUCUUCUCUUACAUUUUACCAACAAACUCAGGCAUUUCCAUCCACCAGUUUUGAAACAGGGUAAUAAAAUUUACUAAAAAUUGCCAGUA